CGCUGAUAAAGCUGCCCUUUCGACAGCCGAUAGUGCAGAGGUGUAGCGGCCACAGCGAGCUCAGAGGACAGAGAGAUGAACGUGCCCACGUGGAGCAUUCUACUGCUGGGCGGGGCCCCCAACAGUGCCAGCCAGCUGCAAACAUCAGGUCGUGACUGAAGUUUGGAUCAGGCAGGGAGAAGGCAGCUCUGGGGUCCAGUCAGUCUGGAGGUCAAGACCCAUCUCGACCCUUUCUGUAGAUGGUCAUGUCUCCAGGCCCCCAGUUUGUGAAAGAAGUGUCGUGUCGUACUGUCAUCUCUGAGCCCAAACAGAGACGGCAUGUUCCAGGCUGUGCAGCACUCCCCUUUGCAAGGAAAUUAACUCACUGACACAUCAAAUCAGUGCAGUGUCCCUUUAAGCGGCAGAUGGCGUGCCAGUCCAGAAGGAUGGGGAGCAGCUGUCUAUGGAAGACACCACAUCAAUCCUGCCUCGGCUCAAGAGGAACUCAAACGCCUACGGCAUCGGCGCUCUGGCUAAGUCUUCUCUGUCAGGUGUGUCAGGGGUGAGCCGCACCAUGAAGGAAAGAGUGACCAAGCCUACGGCCAUGGCGCAGGGUCGUGUCGCCCACAUGAUCGAAUGGCAGAACUGGGGCAUGCAGACGGUGGGAGCAGGCGGCAUCCCGGCAGCCCGCAUCACGACCCAGGAGCGGGAAAAGGAGCGGCGGCUGGAGAACGAUGCCUACAGUGACCUCAGUGACGGGGAGAAGGAGGCUCGUUUCACAGCAGGCAUCCUGCAGCAGUUUGCGAUCUCGGAGGCAACACUCCUGGCCUGGUCAUCGAUGGAUGGAGAGAGUCCGCGGUCGGGCUCAAACCAGGGCAGCGUGGCCCACCUGAGCGAGGUCAACCAGGAGAGCAUCACCAGUCGAGAUCAGAUAUUGCAUCACUCCUCAGCAGAGGUGUGGCCUCACACGUACGUGUCCCAGGGCCACUACUGCCUCUCCUCCUCCGAUGCCUGGGAGCCGAUCAACACCGAUCCCUCCGUGGUGGCGACUCCCCCUGCUGGCUCCUACGUUAUGGGGACUGAAGGGUUUGACGGCCAGGCGGCGGCCCACUUCCUGUCGCAGCAACAGCAGCAGCAGCAGUUCACUCUUCAGCAGCAGAGUCAACUACAACAGCUGCAGCAGAUCCAGCAGAUCCAGCACUACCAGCAACAGCAGCUCCUGCAGUAUCAGCAACAACAGUCGCUGGAGCACAGGCUGCACAGUACCAACCACUCUUUGCAAGCGACGCCUAACAGCACCAUACACAGUCUGGUCCAUUCCGCUCACCCACCAUUGGUCGAUCUGUGGAACACGGGCCAGAUGGAGGCCUAUCAGACGGAGGCUGGCGGCUACAUGGGUGUGUCGGCGGUGGUGGAGCCGAGCCUCUGCGUCCCCUCUGGAGACGAGAUGGUGGGAACAGAACAUUCGCCGCUACUGGAGCAGCAGGAGGAGGAGGAGGAUGUCAAGGAGGACGAGGGGACACUGUGCAUGGAGCCAGAGUCGGCCACGCUGACCCCGCCCACGCAACAAGGGGUUGCCUCUGGAGGCAGUAGUCCGGGGCAACCACCGGCAGAGCUAUUCACAGAGGGGAAGGCCUCCGACGUCACCUCCGGCCUCGCUCAGACGCGAGAGGAGAGGGACGAGGAGGGGCCAGACGCUUCCGUGGCAACCAACUGAGUUCCUGGCUGUCAAGAGACUCCUUCUUACAAACUGACUGGGGAGUCAGCGAGGAAUGACAAAUAAUACAAUAUAUAUCUAUUAAUCUGUUCCUUUUCAGGUAUCAAAAACACCACUUUUUUGGUUGCGAGAUGAAUUCUUAAAAAUGGUGGGAAACAGUUCUGGAAGUGGACUCAUAGUGAGACAGGAGCUGAUGCAACAAAGGACACCUAUUAUUAUUGAAAGCCUUACAUCCCAAAGGUAACGGAGACACUGAGGUGGAGGUGGAGGAGGAGGAGGAGGAAAAGGAGGGGGAACACCAACUGUCCAAGUCAUUUCCAUCAGGGGGAAUGAAACCAAGUUGAGAUGAAGAGGAGGGGAACGGAAACAUGCAUGCUUUUUAUGAAGACAAGCAACUCGACCCUGUCAUCGUCUUAUAAUAAUAAUGAAAAUCUAUCAUAAUAAAACGUUAUAAGAAUAAUUUUGUAAUAAAGCAACAAAAAGGAUGAGACAAAAAUCUAUGUAUAAGUGUAUGAUAAGAUAUAACGGUUUUCCUCCGGGGGAACUACUCUGUUUACAGCUGUCACUCAACAUAUUAGUGUUUAAUCAAAUUAAUUUCCCCGUUGCAUCGAAACACCCACAGUAUACUUUAAUAACGGCAACCCAGAUGAUCUCACGUGUAAUUCAAGUAGGCUCCGAAAAUGUCAGCGUUUCAGUGAAACGCAGAUUAACCCUCUAAAAUGAAUCCUUCUAUGACGUUGUGGCACCAGGAUGCCCGAGGCACAACCCAGGGACAGGCCCUUCCUGCACACACUGAACUCUGCACAGAUAAGGAUUGUACUGUAAGAUAGUGUGCUUCCUACUCUGUCUCUCUGUAUGCAUGUUUCUUCAGAGCACUAUGGAGUACCUGUACUAUACAGCACUGUAUAGACUUUGCACUGAACCAUAGUUUCCAAGGUGGGCCCGUGAGCGGCGCGUGAAAUAAAAAAAAAAGACAGAGCUGCAUAAAGCGAAUCUCUUUUGCACUGAUGCAAUCCAACAGAUCAGAGGUUGCCUUUGGACGGUUGAUGUUAACCCCAGAACCCACUCUGAAAGCUUUCAGCAACCAAAACCGAGCCACUUAACAACACAAAACCCUCAGCUGCUUUUCUCCAUAGACGUAGUCGCGGUAAAUUGAGGAUGAUAACCACUAUCUGAAUGUACUGGAAGACGGACGGACGGACGGCAGUACAUGAGCGGUGUGUUUUUUUGUUUUGUUUUUUUUUGGAUGUCUCCACUUGGGACAGAAUCAGACAAAGAUAAACAAGUGAGGCUUUUAAAACGUGUGGGAGGGAGCCGUUGGAAAAUAGAUGCUUGCUCACCACAGCUGCACACACACAAACACACACACACACACACACACACACACAAAUAUCUAAAUUGUAACCAGCAAUAGGCAGGCGAAACACUGGCUUCCCAACUGCCCAGUGUCAGCCCUGUCAUAUAGAUGUAAAUAGAGUAUAUAAGAAUCGCCUCUCACCUACAGUCACAACUGUUCUACUACAGUAUGAUUUCUUUAUUUUUUUACACGUUCUCAGUCCCGCUUUAUUUUGGGAUUGCUCUCGAGCUCACACUUUUUCGGCCUGAUUUAUUUUUUUGCUGUUGCUGUUGUUUUUCCUCAUGUGUACCGUCACUCAAAGGCAAAGGAAACAGAGGAAUGUUGUGUUGUAAAUAGAGCCGAUCGCUCCAAGUCCGAGAACAGUAGUAGGUCUGAGCCGCACGGGAUGGGAGAUUACAGCCCGUGCGCCGCUCAAUCAGCCAAUCAGGGAAUAGGACAGAAGACUGGGGACUGAACACUAGAGCCGAAAAACAGAUCGGUGUCUUCCUGCUUGUCGUGAUUACUGUGAAGCAGCUGCCUGGAGCGUGAUAGUGAUUAUUAAUGAUGUUUGAGGAAGCAUGUUUUCAUUUUAUUUUUUGUUAGUUUUUCGUUCGCCUGAGGAAGGAUGGGUGUUUCCCAGUGACAAGGAAGAGGAGGAGGAGGAGUUAUAAGUCAAGAACUCACUGACAGACUUUACAACAACAACACACCACCAGUUUUCAUCUUUUCUCUGUCGGGAGCACCUUCUCCUCCCACUUUGAUGAUUGUGUGAGAAACUUUCUAUAUAUAUAUAUAUAUAUAUAUAUAUAUAUAUAUAUAUAUAUAUAUAUAUAUAUAUGUGAUAUUAAAAAACAAUUUAUUGACUUGAAUGAAUUUUAUUUAUUGAUUGCUUCUUUAUGCAAUGUUGGGGGACAAUGUUUAUUUUUCUACUGACUUCUAAUCCCUUCCAGUAUAAGUUAGAAUAGGUGUCAUGGUCUUAAAGUUAUCCUGUUUCGUGGUUUCGAGCACUUUAACACCAAGAAAGGAAAAAAAAAAAAAAAAAACACACCCCGACACCUUGUUGAGAGAUUAGAGGUGGGUAGUUUGGCAGCUCUCAAUUAUAAACAAACCUAUCAUCAUUUUAUUUCACUCCAAGGACCCCUGCUUAGUGACUCGAGAGGGCUCAAAACUGCAAAACAGAAUGUCUUUACACAAUGGCACAUAUUCAUUUAUUUAUUGAACAAUUACUUGGCAGGGAGGAGUAAUGUGACAGCUUGUACAGAGUCUAUACUUUCAUGUAGGUAACAGCCCUUCUGGGAGCAGUAUCUUUUUCUUUUUAUGAGUCAACUCGGCUUUAAAGACAUAAUGUUGUGGGAAGACCGACGCUUUAUAUUCGCUGAUUGCAACAACCGCAAGGCUAAUUUGGCUUAAAAAAAAAAAAAAAAAAGAUCACAAGAGGAUAAAAAAGAAACUGCUUCAAUUUGGGUGAUCUUAUUGCUUUUCUUUCCUUUUUUUGUUUUUGUUUAUCAAAAUCGCAAUGAAUGAAUAAACUAAUAACAAGAAGCCAAAUAUAUUUCUGUGGAUGUUAAGGUUUACUGAUCACAUCUUUGUUAACAAACGACUGGUUUGCGAUUGAGUUCCUCUUUUUGUAUGAUUCUACUGCCAUUCUUCCAAGAGUAAACGGUAACUUCUCUGCAGGCAUGAUGCUCAAAAAUCUGCUUCUGGUCCUCUGCCUUUCUCCUUCGACUCGCUUUCUCUUUCUAUCUCUUUGUAUCUGUUCUGUAUAUUCGUGUCCGUCUGUAUGUCUUUCUGUCUGUCAGUGUACAGUAAGUUGUCUGCUGUCUUGUUGGAAGAAUCACUGCCUGAUGAAAAAAAAAAAUAAAAAAAUUUACGUUUUCACAUCAACCAAAGGGGAUUUGAGGCAAUCAGACAUGUAACAUAGAUAUAAUUUGGAAAUGUGUCGCAAAACAGGUAACCGCUGUAAAAAAAAAAAAAAAAAAAAA